AUGGAUCUCCUCCAGAGCGUCCGCAAGGACGGCAGCAGGCAAGUCCCUUGUGCUCUUCGCUCGGGCGGCCGCUCCGAUUUCAAGUGGGAAGAUGUCAAGAACUCCAAUCACCGCGAAAACUAUCUCGGCCACAGCCUGAUGGCGCCCGUUGGCCGCUGGCAAAAAGGCAAAGAUCUCACCUGGUACUCCAAGUCGGACGAUCCGGCCGCCGCUCGCGCCGCCCGCGCCGAAGAAAUCCGCAAGAUCAAGGAGGCCGAAGAGGAAGCCAUGGCCGUCGCGCUGGGUCUACCGGUCCCGGCCCGCGCUGCCGCCGCCAACAACGCGAACCUCACGCCGCUGGGCGCCAAAGAGACGAGUAAGCAGGUCAAGUCGGCUGUCGCAGCGGUGCAGUCCGACAACGCCAAGGACGAGAAUGACAUCGGCACGCAGGGAGUGGGCCGCGGCAUCGGCUACCGACGCCACAGCGGCGACGCGGGUUCAGGAAGCGAGAUGCUGGGCUCAGAGCACUCUGGCGAGGGGGGCCUGCGCGGCUCAGCCCGCACGAGGGCGACACCGCGCGACGACGGCGACCGAGACAGGGACAAGCAGCGCGAGCGCCGCCGCGCCCUCGACCGCGACCGCAGACGCGACAACCGCAGCCGCAGCCGCAGCCGCUCGCCGCGCCGGCACCGCCAUCACCAUCGCUCGCACCGCCAUAGGGACGAAGACCGUGAACGUGACCGCGAACAUCGCCGUUAUAGACACCACGACAACAACCGCCACGGCCGUGACCACGCCCGCGACCGCUCUCGUAAUCGCCACCCCCACCACCGCCGCGACCGCUCGCACGACCCUCCCCGCGAGGAGCGCCGUUACCGCCGGGAGCGCACGCCUGAGCGGCCGCGCUCGCGUGACUCGUACAGGCGCUGA